CUCCAUAAUUGUAGCCACAUGACUUUGAAAAAUGGUAAAUUAAGCCAAUUUAGGGGAUAUAGAAUAAGGUAGUAUCAGAGUUCAAAAAUAACUUAUUUUGCACUGAUGAACAAAGCAUUCUCAACUACAAAUCAUUCUCAUCCCUAAAGAAAUUGAUUCAGGUUGAUGGAGCUAUCAAGAAAGCAUAUGGAAGUGUUCAACUCUUUUUUUCUUGUUUACGUUAAAGUUAUAAUUUUUCUCUCAUGCUUCAACUUGCUUGGUUUAGCAACAAGCAGCCCUGUAGUUGGAGGAAACGACACUGAUCGACAAGCUUUACUCCAGUUCAAAGCGAAGAUAACCGGUUAUCAGCUUAAGGUUAUGGAAUCUUGGAAUAGUUCUAUUCACUUCUGCCAGUGGCGUGGUGUUACCUGCGGUCGUAAGCAUCGGAGAGUCACCAAGUUGGAACUGCAACACUUGAAACUCUCAGGAUCUUUAUCACCGUAUGUUGGAAAUAUGAGCUUUCUCAGGGAGUUGAGUCUUGUGGGCAACCGCUUCUACAACAAGAUUCCUCAAGAAAUUGGUCGUUUAAGAAGACUGCAAAUAUUAGACCUGACCAAUAACUCCAUCAGUGGUGAAAUUCCUUCCAAUUUAUCAGCUUGUUCUAAGCUUAUAGUAGUUUAUCUGUCAGGCAACCAACUAACAGGAGAAAUACCUGCUUUGCUUGGUCAUUUGUCACACGUGAAAUUCCUGGGUUUUAGAAACAACGAUUUGAGAGGGAGUAUCCCACCUUCCUUUGGGAACUUGUCAUCCCUGGAGGAGCUUCGUUUGGAAUCUAAUGGAUUAACCGGGAUUAUACCCGAAGCUCUUGGACGAUUGACAAAUCUUUCAUUUUUUAUGGUAGCAGAGAAUGCAAUAUCAGGUAUCUUUCCUACGGCAAUGUUCAAUCUCUCCAAUAUUUUAGCCAUUGAUAUUGGUGGAAACAAAAUUCAAGGUACUUUUCAUUUUGACUUAGAGAUCACAAUGCCAAAUCUUGAAUUCUUUUCCAUCUGGGGAAACCAAAUCUCUGGACAAAUCCCGAUUGCACUAUGCAACGCUUCAAGUCUGGAUAUACUUCAACUUAACAAUAACAGACUCACUGGAAAUGUGCCUUCAUUGGAAAAGUUGGAUAAACUAAGCGAGCUUCAACUAGGCGCCAAUGCUUUGGGACGUGGGAGAGAAGGUGACUUGAACUUUUUUUGCACUUUAGUCAAUAAUACCAAACUAUUAAAUCUAUAUGUAGGGGUAAAUAAUUUUGGAGGGGCAUUACCCAAAUGCAUUAGCAAUUUUUCUAGCACCCUCUUACAUUUAUCAAUAUAUCAGAACAAAAUAUCGGGAAGAAUCCUGGAUAGGAUUGGAAACCUCAUCAAAUUGGAAAUUCUAGAUGCAUCACAAAAUCAACUAUCAGGUCCCAUUCCCUUCGAUAUUGGGAGGCAUCAGAAGCUACAAAGAUUUUUCUUUGAUAAUAAUUUUCUCUCUGGGACUAUUCCCUAUUCUAUUGGAAAUUUAACCAUGUUAACCGAAGUUAAUUUAGCUUUUAACAAUCUUCAGGGCAGCAUUCCUUCAAGUAUUGGUCACUGCCAAAAUUUGCUUGCAAUGAGUCUUUCUCAUAACAAUCUUAGUGGACCAAUACCACCUCAAGCAUUUGAACUCCCAUCCUUGUCUAUUUUUCUAGACUUAAAAUCAAACUAUUUGACUGGUGGCCUUCCUCUUACAGUAGAAAAACUGAAAAAUCUAGGUGCAUUUCGUGUUUCUCGAAAUAGGUUAUCCGGUUUGCUUCCAAACAACCUUGGUAGCUGUGUACGUCUAGAAGCACUGUUUUUAGAAGGCAAUUUGUUUGAAGGGCCCAUUCCUUCAUCUUUGAGUUCAUUGAGAGGUCUUGUGGCAUUGGAUGUUUCUGACAAUAAUCUUUCUGGUGAGGUUCCAGAAUUCCUUGUGAGCUUUGGGGCAUUAAAGUAUUUAAAUCUCUCUUUCAAUGAUUUUGAGGGAGUCAUACCAAGAGAAGGAGUCUUUAAGAAUAAAAGUGCUACAUUCGUUGAGGGAAACAAUAACCUUUGUGGAGGCAUUCCUGAGUUACACUUGUCAAGAUGUAACUCAAAAACAUCAUCAGACACUUCCCUUAAAUUAAAAGUUGCAAUUAUCAUCGUGAUUUUGGGGGUGACUUUGGUCUUCUCUUGUCUCCUCAUCCUGUGGUUUAGAAAGAAGAAAGAGCAGCCAACAACAACUUGUGCAGAAAAUUCCAUUUUACAGUUGUCAUACCAAAGCAUCCUAAGGGCCACAGAUGGAUUCUCCAUACAAAAUUUGCUUGGUUCAGGAAGCUUCGGUUCUGUAUACAAAGGAAUUCUCGAAGAGAGUGGAGCAAUUAUUGCAGUAAAGGUGCUUAAUCUUCUAAAUCGUGGAGCUUCUAGGAGUUUCUUGGCUGAAUGCGAGGCCCUGAGGAACAUUCGACAUCGAAAUCUUGUCAAGGUAUUAACAGCCAUUUCAGGUGUUGAUUAUCGAGGCAAUGAUUUUAAAGCAUUGGUUUACGAGUUCAUGGAAUAUGGAAGCUUGGAGGAGUGGCUACAUCAAUCUAUCAAGAGGAAUGAGUCGGGCAUUAUGAGAAACCUGAGCUUUUUUCAAAGAGUUAAUGUGGCCAUAGACGUUGCUUAUGCACUCGAGUAUCUACACCAUCAUUGUGAGACGACAAUCAUUCAUUGUGACCUCAAGCCAAGCAAUAUACUGCUUGAUCAAGAAAUGGUUGGCCAUAUAAGUGACUUCGGCUUAGCAAAAAUCCUUUCUUCAGAUAGGCUUAACUAUUCUACUAAUCAGUCAAGCUCCAUUGGAUUAAGAGGGACUAUUGGUUAUGCUCCACCGGAAUAUGCCAUGGGAAGUGAGUUGUCGACAAAAGGUGAUGUGUACAGCUAUGGCAUUCUCUUGCUCGAGAUUUUCACCGGGAAAAGGCCGACUGAUAAUAUGUUCAAAGAAGGUCUUAGCAUUCACAACUUUGUUGAGGCAGCUUUGCCAGAACAAGUAAUUGAGAUUACAGAUCCCAUUCUUCUUCAAGAGAGAGCUAGACAAGGUACAUUUACAGAAUUCACUCUCAAUGACAAGCAUCUUCAACACUUGAAUUCAAUAUUUGAAAUUGGACUCACUUGUUCUGCUGAAUCACCUACCGAGAGGAUGGACAUGAGUGAUGUUGUUUCCAAGCUUUGUUCUAUUAGAGUCAAACUUCUUCAUCCAACUCGCGUAUAUCGUGAGCGCCAAGCUUUAUAUAUUGCUCAAUCAGCAGGUACCUAAGGCGCCGCUGUAUCAAUGAACUUGAAGGGCUUAAAUCAGGCAAAGCGUGGCUAUUUUCUUUUAUUCAUGCUAAUUUCAACUUAUGCGUGUUGAAUGUGAACUUUAUUAUAGUAUAACUCCGUAAACUUCUAAACAUAUAUUUAUUGACAGAGUAUUAUGUGCUAUGUGAUAAGAGUUUAUUUACAGGCUCUAGCUUAUUCAUCCUAA